AUGGGCUCACCCCUCCUGCGCCGCUUCGCCCUGCAGAGGAGCUCCCUCCGCGCGCAGCGACGCCUUGUUUCAACCGCUGCUCCACUCCCUCAGCUCGUCGCGCCUCGCGACAGACUAGGCUCCUGGAGCUACCCUGGCUGCUUUCACUAUCGCAGAACUGUGGCUGUCUCGUCCCAGGUAGAUUCGAUUCUACCCAAACAUCUUCUCAUGGAGUUCGAUAAGCUUCCGAAUCUCACAUGGGAUCAAGACCCUUUCCUGGUGUUAUUCCUCACUCCUACUUUCGCGCGCUGGCUUUUGGACGACCAAACAUUCCUCCAGCCCGCCUUGCUCAGACUAUUCAAUCUCAACCUUCAAGACCCUGACUUAGAACGAUCCUAUCACGCCCUCGUCGCUGUGGUCGACAGGCUGCCUACUCCCGCUCAUCCUGGCCGAGGCUAUAGAAAGGGACGAUGGUGUGCCCCCUCGCCCCCUUCUCCGCCGUUUUCAGAGCUUGGUUUCGAGGGGAUGGCAUAUACGCUGCUCAACGCAGGCCAAUUCCUACCACCUCACAUAGAAGCAUUGCACGAGCCUAUGGGCGAAGGGUCACGACAAAAGCCAGGCACUAUAAAUAUCCAUAUUGACUCUAGCAUAGCGUCCGCGUCCGAGACGCCCAUCCCUCACAGUGUGCUCCAGUUGCCUUUGGCGAACACAGUCUUUCAUACAGGACACUCCUCAACCAUGUUUCAGACGCUGUGGAAAAAGGAAAAGGGUUCUUUAGCCCUAAAGCUGGUAUCGAAGGAGCAAUUGCAACACACCUCAUUCGCCUGGCCUGAUUGGCAUAGCACAGGCGUGCAAAGUGCUUCUCUUUCAGUUCCUUUGACCCCCAUCACCAUGCCACGACAGAUCGAGGCUGGCAUGGGCAAUAUAAUACGUCGGAUCCAAGGAGAGAACAGCCAGAGCAUUACUGCUUCUCAAGAACUAGAAGAGACGGUACCGCGAUACUUUGCUACGAAGAAUAUUCCAGCUUGUGCUAUGAAAGUCUGGGCGUUAGUUAUACCCAAGGAUGCUAUGGUUUCUGUAACUACAGAGCUUGUCAGUCGCUUCUUUAUUAGUGAUCCUGCAGCCCAAGACGUUCUCCAUCUCAACGCAGCAUUCCAGGAAUUAUGGAAGAAAGAUCGUCCGGUAUGGAACGAUGCGGUAUCCUUUGCUAUCUCUCGUGGAGCUCGACUCCAUCGUGUGCUAAGCGGUGGAGGAGGAUGGGGCAAGAAAGCCGGGUUGCUGUCACUUGACCCCGACAUAUUCUACGACGAACCUACCAUAACAUCUCUAGAUUCAGACAUUGACAUGCUGGAGCUAUUCGAUGUAGAAAAGUCUGCAUUGAAGGAAGUUGCUGAGCCUGGCGAAUUCAUCCAGUUCUUCGUCCGUGGGCCUGAUGACUUAGCACGUCUCAAUCAUGAGGUCACAGAGCAUCUGGAUGAUUCCCAAACUGUUCCAAUAUACCUGGAGCUUGGCACAAUCCCCAGCACCAUUGACAACAUACCGAAUAUAGAGCAACAGUCGCAUGCGUCGGUUAAGCCGCUAAAAGAAUCAAUUCACGUCUUCCAUGGCCAUUUUGGGGCUUUAUCUGAAGGCGGCAUGAGUAUCGUACGAGUAGAUGGGCACUUUAACGGCGAAAAAGGCGUACAGACUCGGUCUAAAAUAGACGUACCGUUUUCUAGGUUCAUCGCUUUGCAGCUGGACGAGAAGGAUGUUAGCGCAAUGAUAGAGAAGAAGGCGUUGAAGAGGAAUGCGAAACAACAAGCAAAAAGACUUGCAAAAAAAGCAGAAAGAGCUGCAAAAGUAGAAGAAAUAGCUGCGGAACAGGCAUUGACUGAAGCACCGGAAAUGCGGUCAGCACCAAGACAUCCGUCUAAUUCCGCCUCUAUACGCAAUCUCGCCAGUGCUCUCAACUCCCAGUCUAUACGUCUUGCAUACGAAGAUGACGACACUACAGAUGCCGAACAUCAGAUUCCCGAUGACAAAGUAUCGGAAGAUCUUCCCAGGACUCCCUUUCGCAAUCCUGCUACUAAAUCGACUAGAAGCUUCAACAAAGAUCCAAAAGAUCUUCCGAUACGUCGCUUCCAAAACCCUGUACCUAAGAACACUGAAAUUCUCGAGAAAGAAUCAACAAAGGGAAUCAAUCAACUCGAAAUACGCGGCCUUUCCAACCUGAAGCCCAGGAUGAAAUCCCUCUCAUCCUCUCUAGACUCUGAGGCCAAGUCUGCACUAGACCCUCCUGCCAUCCGAAAAGUCUCUGUAACGAAGAACACUAAAAUUCUCGAGGAAGAAUCAGCGAAGGGACUCAAUCAAUUUAGAAUACACUAUUCCAACUGGUAUCCCGGGAUAAAAGAACUGCCAUCGGCUCUAGACUCUGAGACUGAGUCUACACUAGGCUCUCACGGCAUCCGAAAAGUCCAGAGAAUAUUUACUGGAAAAGUUGAGAUUCCGCAACCCAUUCCUGCCCAGAAAGUAUCAGAAAGAAAUUUGAACAUAAGAUAUCAUGCAUUGAAGACCAAUGUCUACCUCGACGAGGAAUCAAGACAAGAGAGAAUACGGCGAAAAAGUACCAAAAACGAAAAUGUAACCACGACUACACCUCUUAUGACACCCCCUGUCACUCCCUUUGAAAUUCGGAUUGUUCCUACAAGAGAGCCAGAGAACCCGCCAACACGUCGAACCCCGAGGAGAAUAUCGAAAAACUUCGCCAGCCUCCCCAUAAAAUCGAGACUGCACAAAAUAGCCGGGUCCGUGGUCCCUGAACAUCUGAGGAAGGUAGUGUUCACCGCUGUGUGGAACGGAAGACUCAAGCGGGCAUCUAGGAGCGCGGAAGCUAUGGCAGCGGACAAGGACGCGGACGUGCUGAUGGUCAAGGUUCCUAUACAAGGUGAAGAUAAAAAAUACUCCGAAGAUCUCACGGAAGGAGAAAAACUUCGCGCACGGUGGACAGCGUGGGAUAGGGAACGGCUACGGAGUCUCAGACGCUCUGCUGUGGAACCAACAUCCCUCAAUCGUACUAGGUCGAGAAGGUCGUCUCCUCCCGAAUCAAUUGGAUCGAGCAAGGCUUCAUCUCCCGGCCGUGUAAGGUUGAAAAAGAUUUUAUCUCCCGAUUGUAUCAGACCGAGGAAGGUUCCAUCUCCCGAUCGUAUCAUACCGAGAAAGGUGAGGGCGAUGGGCCCCUCUCCAGAGCAGAGAGAGAAACGGAUUUCGGAUCCAGAGGUUGCGCAGUUGAUAGACGAAGUGGAGACGUGGCUUGCAUGGGAUGCAAAACCACCGAGUUAGGUGUUAUGUAUAAUUUGUACAAUAGUGUUCUUAUGUCAUUACUUUACAGGCUUGUACUAAAUUUCUCGAGCGCAAGGGCGGCGUUAUCGACCCUUCACAAAGCACCGGUCGUCUCAGACUUCCGGAAAGUUUCAUUCUUAAAACCUUCUAGAUGAUGAUCAAAGCUCAGCCAGAUGGUCACCGCCCCUAGAAACACCUUCGGGCGAGUCACGGCAGUGAUCUUGCUACGCAAAUUCCAGAGUCGCCGCUCCCCAUUCUCAUUAUACGAGGUCGGAC